UUCUUGCUGGAAAAGAUGACUCUCGCUUGGAGAUAUUUGCCGAAAGCUCUGCACCUACUCUCACCUGCUUCCAGGAUCCCCAAGACAUGUCCUUCCUGGAGUCCUGGUGCUUCCUGGACAUCUACAAGCAAGCUCAAAAUUCACACAAACCCCAGAAUGCCUCCCUGUGACUUCAAACCAGAAAAAUACCAGUCCCUUGCCUAUGAUCGUGUUGUGGACAUCCAUGAGCAGCACCUCUCUCCAGUGCACACCACAUACUUCCCAAAGCCCUUGUUGCUCCACCAAGGCCACAUGGAGUGGCUGUUUGAUCAUGAGGGAAACCGAUACCUGGAUUUCUUCUCAGGGAUUGUCACUGUUAGUGUCGGUCACUGCCACCCGAAGGUCAAUGCAGUGGCUCAAAGGCAACUGGGUCGCCUGUGGCACACAAGUGCUGUCUUCCUCCAUGCUCCCAUCCACGAAUAUGCAGAAAAGCUUUCAGCACUUCUUCCUGAGCCUCUAAAGGUUAUUUUCUUGACAAACAGUGGCUCUGAAGCCAAUGACCUCGCCAUGCUGAUGGCCAGAGCACACACAAAUAAUAUAGACAUCAUUUCCUUCAGAGGAGCCUACCAUGGAUGCAGCCCUUACACUCUUGGCUUAACAAAUGUGGGGCCCUUCAAGACAGAACUUCCUUGUGGUCUGGGCUGUCACUCGACAAUGUGCCCAGAUGUCUUCCAUGGCCCCUGGGGAGGAAGCCACUGUCGAGAUUCUCCCGUGCAAACCAUAAGGAAAUGCAGCUGUACACCAGGCUCCUGCCAUGCUAAAGACCAGUACAUAGAACAGUUUAAAGAUACUCUGAGCACAACCGUAGCCAAAUCCAUUGCUGGAUUUUUUGCAGAGCCAAUUCAAGGGGUGAAUGGAUUUGUUCAAUACCCGAAGGGAUUUCUAAAGGAAGCCUUUGAACUGGUGCGAGAGCGGGGAGGUGUCUGCAUUGCCGAUGAAGUGCAGACAGGAUUUGGAAGGUUGGGCUCUCACUUCUGGGGUUUCCAAACCCACGGUGUCCUCCCAGACAUUGUCACCAUGGCUAAGGGGAUUGGAAAUGGCUUCCCCAUGGCAGCAGUUGUCACAACUCCAGAGAUAGCCAAGUCUUUGGCCAGACGCCUUCUUCACUUCAACACCUUUGGAGGAAAUCCCCUGGCCUGUGCUGUUGGCUCAGCAGUGCUUAAGGUGAUCCAAGAAGAGAAGCUACAGGAAAAUAGUCAAGACGUGGGCACCUAUAUGUUACUACAGUUUGCAGAGUUGCGGAAGGAAUUUGAAAUUAUCGGAGAUGUCAGAGGAAAAGGCCUCAUGUUGGGUGUAGAAAUGGUGAAGGACAAGGUGAACCGUCAACCUCUUCCCCGUGAAGAAGUAAAUCAAAUCCACGAGGACUGUAAGCACAUGGGACUCCUAAUUGGCAGAGGUGGCAUUUUUUCUCAGACAUUUCGAAUUGCCCCUCCAAUGUGCAUCACUAAAUCAGAUGUUGAUUUUGCUGUGGAAGUAUUUCGUUCUGCGAUAGUCCGGCAUAUGAAUAGAAGAGCUAAAUAAAAAAUUUAAUUAAUUAAGCAUA